CCACCCCCGCUAAAAAUUCUGCAAUUUCGCGUGGAGCCGAGUGGAAAAGCGGCGACCCCAGAAAAGGAUCGGGAUGCCUCUCUCCCUCUCCGAGUCCUGUCCAUUCGAAAAGCCAUCGCCGACGCCGAGUGAGCGAAAAAAGGGGAGAGACCAAUGGCGACGUGCUCGCGCCCGCGCUUCGUCUCCGCCUCCGCCUCACCGUCGCGGGUUUCCCUUCGCCGCCUUCACACGGUAGCAGUUGUAUCUAUAUGGGAACCUCGUCCACCACUGCGAGCUGCCGGCUGCUGCUUUUCUCAAACGAAGCAUUGCUGUAUGAGAUCCACCAAAUGUUUAGCGAGUGGACCGUCUGCCUCCAUAUUGAAGCGGCCAAUAAAGAGACUGCUGUCUCGUUACUCUUCCCUGAUUAUCAUAUUGCGUGGUAAUCUCGACCGAUGUUACAAUGCUGUGACCUCAAUGCGCCAGGAUGGGGCAUCCAAGCACUUUAUGUCUGUCGGUUUUGGACGCAUGGUUUUAGGGAUGGUGCUCGUCAUGUCCAUCUCGGCAGCCACCUAUACAGCACCGUCAUCAUCGGCACUUACAGAGGAAAAUUUGCUUUUCCUGGAGGCUUGGCGUGCAGUUGAUCGCGCAUACUAUGACAAAUCAUUCAAUGGACAGAGUUGGUUUAGAUACCGUGAGAAUGCUCUUCGCAUUGAACCAAUGAAUACACGAGAAGAGACAUAUGCAGCAAUCAAGAAAAUGCUUUCAACAUUGGAUGACCCAUUCACUCGUUUCUUGGAACCUGAGAAAUUGAAGAGCUUGCGGUCUGGCACGCAAGGCACACUCACGGGUGUAGGUUUAUCGAUUGGCUACCCAAUGGCACUUAAUGGAUCACCUGCAGGGGUUGCUGUUAUGACAGCCACCCCAGGUGGUCCUGCAGAAAAAGCCGGCAUUCUUCCUGGAGACAUCAUUUUGGCAAUUGACAACAGAAGUACAGAAGACAUGGAUAUAUAUGAUGCAGCACAACGCUUACAGGGGCCUGAAGGAAGUUCAGUAGAUUUGUCUAUUCGUAGUGGGGCCAAUACCAUGCAUGUCGUUCUGAAGAGACAAACAGUCACUUUAAACCCAGUGAGGUCGAGGAUGUGUGAGAUUCCUGGUGCAAAAGAUAGCUCAAAGAUUGGUUACAUCAAAUUAACAACUUUUAAUCAAAAUGCUGCAGAAUCCGUUAAGGAGGCCAUUAAGACAUUAAGGGACAACAACGUUAAAUCCUUUGUGUUGGAUCUGCGGAAUAACAGUGGUGGCCUUUUUCCUGAAGGAAUUGAAAUUGCAAAGAUUUGGAUGGACAAGGGAGUUAUUGUAUAUAUAUGCGAUAGCCAAGGCGUUCGUGACAUUUAUGAGGCAGAUGGAGCUGAUACAAUUGCUGCAUCGGAACCUUUGGUUGUGCUGGUAAAUAAAGGAACUGCAAGUGCAAGUGAGAUCCUUGCUGGAGCACUGAAAGACAAUAAACGGGCAGUCGUAUAUGGGGAACCAACAUAUGGAAAAGGGAAGAUUCAAUCGGUGUUUGCAUUGUCUGAUGGAUCUGGCUUAGCUGUGACCGUAGCGCGUUAUGAAACUCCUGCACAUACCGACAUUGACAAGGUUGGUGUGAUCCCAGACCGACCACUGCCAUCGUCAUUCCCGUCAGAUGAAGAUGGCUUUUGCAGCUGCCUCAGGGAUUCAACGUCCCCUUGCAACCUGAAUGCUGCGCAGCUGUUUGCGCGAUCAUGACCAGACCAUUCUCUCAACAUUUCUGGGUUGGAUGGGUUGUACAGAUGAGCAGGGUGCUUCUUAGGUGAUGCUUGUAUGUGUCCGUGCGUGCUGGGUAGUUUCGCGUCCGUAAUUCAUUUCAUUAACAUUGAUUCUGAUUCCAGUUUUAUCUCAUGAGUGUAAAAUGAAAAGGUAUUAUCUCUGGCUGUAAGUCGUGGCUGUGUUGAAUGGAAGCACUGCGAAGAUGUGCAACUUUUCUUC